AUGCGUUGUGACGUUUGUAAGACUGCUGUGGUACAGAUGCACUGUGAUACAUGCCUUGUCAACCUGUGCACAGCUUGCGUAGGAAAACACAUGAUUUCUGAUGAAUCCAAAAAUCAUCAAGUCGUCAAAUUUCAGUCUAGAAAGUCCACUCCUCUCUACCCUGGAUGUAAAUUACACCCCAAUGAACGAUGUGAAAUGUACUGUAAACAUUGUGACAUUCCGAUAUGUAGUGCAUGUGUUGCAUCUGAAAAACAUGUAAGUCACAAAAUAUCUCUACUUCGUGAAAUGUAUUCGUCCAAAAGGAAAGAAAUACAACAAGACAUUGGGAAAAUAAAAGCGAACAUUUCUCCAACUUACGAUGGUAUCGUGGCAGAUGUACAAAUGAAGAUGGAUAGACUAGAAACGAAAUGCAAAGAAAUUUCUGAAUCUAUAAGGAAAUUAGGAGACGACUGGCACAGAAAAAUUGAUAAAGUUGUCAAUCAACUUCAAACUGAACUCGCUGAGAUAAAAAAUGCACAUGUGAAAAUUAUAAAAAAUCACAGGGAAGAAAUAAUACGGGAUAUUUCAAAUAUUGAUUCUUACUUGAAUUCGUCUGAAGAAAUUCUUCAAUCUAAUGAUAUGUCUUUGCUUUUUCAAUAUAAAAGUAAAGUAUCCACAUUACAAAAAAGUUCACCUCACAUUGAUAUUUCUUUACCAUCAUUUUCGCCAAAAGAAAUUCAACAAGAUCAGAUUCUGAAACUUUUUGGAACGUUGUCCUUGACAAAAGACGACCAUGUCUACAACUCAAAUAUGGCUAAGCAAAUUGCAGAAACCACGCCCUGUCCUCCAGCCAAACAACUACUUGAUAAACCAGAGACCAUGACCACUAUAAACACUGGGUUCACAUUUCUCCAAAAUAUUGUCUGUCUAAAUAAUGCAGAAAUUUGGGCAAGUGGCGACUACAGUGUCAUUCAACUCUUCAGCAUCAAUCAGAAAUCGUAUCACGAGUCACUAAUUAGGUCAUUUCAUGUCAAGAUAGAAUGUUUUUUCUCAGGUCCUUUACACAUAGCAGUGACACGAAAUGGAGAUCUAGUUUAUUGCCAUCCGCAGGGGAAAAAAGUAAACAUUGACAAGAAGGAAGUACCACACACGAUCGAGUUACAUAAUUGGAAACCUCAAGGUGUUUGUAGCACUUCCUCUGAUGACCUCCUGGUAAUCAUGGAUUAUGAUAGAAAAACUGGUGACUUCCUGGCAACCAUGCGUGAUAGCAACCAAUUUCAGACAAAAGUUGUCCGUUUUUCUGAUUUCAUAGAGAAACAAACCAUUCAGCUCGAUGAGGAAGGUAAACCUCUAUAUCCAUGUACUAGCUAUUAUGACAGGAUAAAAUACAUCACUGAAAACAGGAACCUGGAUAUCUGUGUGGCUGAUGGUGAAGUUGUUGUAGUGGUUAAUCAAGCAGGGAAAUUGAGAUUCAGGUACUCUGGGCAUAACCCUUCUCCAAAAUGGAAUCAAAAAUUUACUCCCCGAGGAAUCAUUUCAGACAUCCUUAGUCACAUACUUAUAGCUGACGAAAUGAAUAAGUGCGUUCAUAUCAUUGACCGGGAUGGUCAGUUCCUCCGUUAUAUAGACUGUGGAAUGGUUAAACCUCGGGGACUGUGUAUAGAUGUAGAGGAUAAUCUCUUUGUUGCUGACUAUAAAAAGAAAAGUGGAGAAAUAAUGAAACUCAAGUAUUUGAAAUAA